AUGGGAUGCACACCGCGGCAAUCAGGAGUACCUGGAGAUCUUUCGCGAGCGAGAUGUCUCAAGGCUGGUGCAAAAGAUGGAGCCUUGUUGAAGUACUCUUCGGACGAGUCUCUGGGCAAUGUGUGCAAGAUCGUGCCAGAACGAAAUCUCUUCGACGUCACAAAGUCCGGGUCGGACUUUCUCUUGGACCUUCUCCAGCACCGUGCAACGACAUCCCUAUUCGAGCAGUAUUCUGGUAAUCCUAAUGGUGAUCCAGGAGACCUUGACUUUAUCGAAGAGAUGAUAGGCACCGGAGGCCUUCAGCAUGCCGACUAUCGCGACAGUUGUUUCACAUCAUCGUCUAAGCCGCGGAAUUGGUCGGGAGCCCUGUUGUGCUGUAGGUAUGUAUAUUGUGUGGCAAACGGCUGGCAUGCUGUGCCUGCGGAAGUGUAUGGUUGGCGUGAAGUCCUGGUUGACCUUGCGGCGUUUAUGAGGAGGUUGGCCAUCGCCGCCCUCCCCAUUAAUGACCUGAACCCUUGUUUUCACUUCAGCCUUGCCUUAGCUGUUGGCUUGAAAGUGGCGGCACGCUCAGCUGUCAUUAAGAUUCGAGAGCAUACUGAGCGUGUGUGA